AGCUCUAAUAUCCUGUUCAAUACCGAGCCACUAGGACUCUGUUAUUAAAGGCCGAAUUUGACCACCAGCGUAUUUCACUAUCUACAGACCCCCAUUGAUAGACCAGCCUUCAUCAAUGAUUCCCUAGAAAAACCGGCCCCACAAACUGACAGUUUCUCCUUUUUAUUUUCAACCAUCUAGCCUUGCUACACUAUGCCGGAAGACACAACCAAGCUAGCAAGCUAUAAGCGAAUCAUCCUCUGCGCAGACGGCACAUGGCUUGCGUCCGAUACGGGCGGAAAGGCCAUGCCUUCCAACGUCGCUAAAUUGGCUCGAGCAGUUGCGAACGGUGGCCUUGAUGCUGAAGGGAACGUCGUGAAGCAGAUCAUAUCCUACCAUUCGGGCCUUGGAAGCGGGGACCUCCCCUUCCAGAAAGCUAUCUACGGUGGUCUUGGACGGGGUCUCGACAUCGAUGUGGCUCAAAUCUACGAUUUCAUUUCCAAUAACUACGAGCCUGGCGAUGAGCUGUUCUUCUUCGGCUUCUCACGUGGGGCUUUCACUGUGCGCUCGGUCGCCGGCCUUGUCUGCGACGUCGGCGUCCUUUCAGCUGUGCACAUGUCGCGCUUCGCAGAGAUGUGGAGCGUGUACCGUUCGAAUACGAGCGGCGAGCCCUUCAGGAAGUCAGCGUGGUAUCUGGAUAAUAAGGAAGAGUUAGGCCUUACGGACGUCAGGGUCAAGGUGGUUGGUGUUUGGGACACCGUUGGAGCUCUGGGAAUCCCGGAAUGGCCCGUGGUGGAUUGGGCGAGAAAAUCUGGCCUCCCAAUCAACAAGCAGUAUGCAUUCCACAAUACGAACGUAUCAAAAAAUCUAGACUAUGCUUUCCAAGCCCUCGCCAUUGACGAAAACCGACUAACUUUCCCUCCUACCCUGUGGCACAAGAAUUCUGACGGUCCUGCGAAAGAUCUGCAGCAAUGCUGGUUUCCCGGCGUCCACGCCAAUAUCGGCGGCGAAAGCGACGAUUCGCAUGCCUCGGUUGACUUUGAUGAGAUCGGGCACAAUACAUUUGCGUGGAUGGUAGACAAUCUCUCUAGCAUGCUCACGUUCGAGGAUGCCGCGAUCAAGACUCUCAUCGAGGAGCAUCGCCGCGCGCUCAAUUCCAUCAAGAUUACCAGCGGCUGGGGCUGUGGACCGAUCUUCGACAACUUCUCCGGGCUGCAAGGCCUCUUCUUCUGGCUUCUCGGGAAGAAAGACCGCACACCGGGCACUUAUCCGCGGGACCCAGGCGACGGCACUAGUGGCGCCACGAACGAGUAUUUCCACCCUAUCACUCGAAUCCGCAAGGACAACCUCAACUACAACCCGGUGUCGUUGCAGGGAUAUGCCAUCGAGAGACCUGAUGGCAGUGAGGGGUGGAAGUGGGUGAAGAGGGGCGUCCAGCCGAUACCCGAGUACGUGAUGCGCCCGGAAAAGAAGAUGAGCGUAGCGUACGAGGAGGGUGGGAGGGUGAAUUAUCGAGUCAAGGAGAGUUUAUCGAGAUUGCUCUGUCCGGAGAACAUCCUGUUGGAUCUGGAUAGGGACAAUGGGAUAAACGGGAUGAACAGGGUCGUGGGAUGAGUGAUCAUGGGAAAAUAGCAUCUUGAGUGAACGAAGAAUCCAACCGUAGCAGAGAUCCAGAGCAUCCGUGGCCAACAAAGCCCCGAAGGCUGCGGUUUAUCCAAGUAGAGCGCAUUAUAAUGUUACAACCCUUCGUUUUGUAAGGCUUUUCCUGUAUCCGGCGAAUAGGAAUGCAGUGAGAGUAGAUGAAUUGAUUAUGGCCCCGUUUUUUCCGCCAGCAUUAAGAGUGUGCAUUGAUCCAUUGAAUUUC